AUGGAUUCCGGAGCGACAGCAAAAGUUCCCGUCUCACCAUGGGGAAAGCUGCAGCAACCUUCAGAACCAGUUUGUUUGGCAGAUAUUAUGUCCGAAGAACUGGCCAAAGACUUGCAAAUCAGAGAAGAAGAACGUUAUAAUAAAGACUUGGUGGUGGAACCUGAACCGUUACCGAUCAUAGAAUGUGCUCCAGGUUGUGAUAGUGACUACAUGAUUGCACAAAUGUUACAAGUUCAGUUUGAUAAAGAAUAUGACGACCUGCUCAAGAAGACAGAAGAUAAAUAUAAUGGUUCAUCGAAAGUUUGUAUAUCAUAUUCAAAUUAUCGUGUCAUCCCAGAAAAUCUAGUAUAUGACAGUGAUUCAGAAGAUGACAUAGAUGAUAAACAUCGAGACUGGGACAGUUUUGUGAGUACUGAGAAGGCUUUCAAAUCCAUGCCUAAAUGUGGAUAUAGGAAACAAGGUGAAGAAAUGGUAACCAAACAUGAUAUGACUAUGUCCAGUCGCCGAAAUGCAUGUCGGGUAAUGGAAUUCCCUCCAGAGUUUCAGACAGGAGAUGGUGGUGGGUUUGAUAUGCAGCUAUCCAAUAAAGUGUUCAACAGCUUGAAAGUCUACUCACGCAGUGAAGAAUCCCGAAGGCAUCGUUUACAUGACAAGACUGAACAAGCAACAGCAGAAAUGUGUGUUGAUACCCAUACCCGUUUGCUGCUGUAUCGCCUCGUGAAUCAAGCGGUAUUGGACAGAGUGAAUGGUGUUGUCAGCACUGUACUGCGAAACCGAGUGAGAGGAAAUGAAAAUGCUUGCAGUGACACCUGUUCGCAGUUUCUGCGCCGGAACUCAUUGAAGGCCAUGAAACAGAAUGCACAUAGGGUACUGCUAAAGUGGCUUAAGGACUCAUAUCUCGAAUGCGUGUAG